AUGACUGACGUAGAGAAUGCGCUGUCCGUGGUAGGACGAGGAGAGCUGAGGCGCACCAUCGCGGCCACCAAAGAUCCCUACAUCAAUGCGAUUCCGAAAGUUGAGCUCCAUGUUCACAUAGAAGGAAUUAUCAGCGCCGAUCUGAAAUGGAAGUUCUCGCAACGGAAUGGCCAACCAAUCAUCAACCCUCGGACAGGUCGAGCAUUCUCUUCCUUGGAAGAACUACGAGACUCUCACAACACCUUGAAACCGAGCAUUGGGAAUCGUAUGAACAAUAGCGAGGAGACUUUGUCAUUUUUUGAAGCCUAUUACGGUGGUUUUGAGGCGCUCAAAACUCAGCAAGACUACUAUGAUCUUGCUAUGGAUUAUUACGAACACGCCGCGGCCAUGAAUGUGCGAUAUGCCGAGAUUUUUUUCGAUCCGCAGGGUCAUACACGCUUUGGGGCGAGUUGGGAGACGAUGAUGCAGGGUUUCCGAGAAGCGCAGCAAAAGGCUGAACAGGCCCUCCACGUAAGAUCUGGAUGGAUCAUGUGCUUCCUCCGCGAUGAAUCGCCAGAGUCCGCGAUGGAACAUUAUAAUGCAGCAUUGCAAUAUCGCGAUAUGAUAGUGGGUAUUGGUCUUGACUCGAAUGAAGUUGAUAGACCGCCAUCUUUGUUUGAAGAGGUAUUUCUGCGGGCUAGAAAAGAUGGCUUUCGUCUUACAGCACACUGUGAUGUUGGCAAGCCGUAUCCUCUGGAGCACAUCCAUCAAGUUGUCUCAACUAUGGCGGGUGGGGGUACGGACAGAAUUGACCACGGGCUCAACGCGGCUGGAGAUCCGGAUCUCGUCAAUCUAAUCAAAGAGAAGGAUCUUGGAAUGACGAUCUGCCCUUGGUCGUAUAUUCGCCAUCAACCACUGGAUGAAGUGUUUGAACGAAUUCGCGCUCUUUUCGACGCCGGAAUCCGAAUCACUAUUGCGAGUGAUGAUCCCGCAUUUAUGGAGGACACAUGGGUGCAGGAAAACCUUCUCGUGGCGAAGAAAUACUGCAACUUCACGAACUCGGAGAUACAAAGAUUGGCACAGAAUGCGAUAAACGAGUCCUGGGUUUCGGAGGAUGUAAAAAACCGGUUGCUGCGAGAACUAUACGAUGUCGAUCUAGAGACAUAGACAAAGGUUUUGAGGGGCCGCUAUCUGCCGCUGAAAUUUCAAUUCUAAAUGAAGGAAUUGUGCCACACCCCGGAAGGCUAGUUACAGACAAGUUUGUUAAGUUUUUUUUUUCUCAAUCAGAAGGUGAAGUGUUUCCUACACUUAACAU